UUGAGGAGAAUGACCGAAGGAGAGAAACGCAGUUUACAUCUCCCACAAAGUCAUGUAAGUUUUGCCUAAAUUUAAAGGUCACGUUAAACUAGUCGUCAAUAGUGGUCAAGUUAAACUAACUAGUAAUCACGUUAAACAAGUUCUUAAGUUAAGCUGGUAAUCACGUUAAGCUAGUGGUCAAAUUGAAAUUGACCUAAACUCCAAAACAAAUUAUUAUAGAAAUGUAGAAAUGAGAUCAGCUUUUCAAUGUAAAAUUUUCAAGUGAAUAUUUUAGCACCUAUGAUUAAAAGAAUCCAUCUUCCCUAAUAUGUUAUAAUCAAGCAUCAACACAACGUUCAAUUUUAGCGUUUCAGCCAACCAACUUAAAUGGCGCCCACAGCCGAAGUGUACCGGGCCCUUACACCCGACGCUCUGAAACAUCGAAGCGCACCUUCCAUGCGGUCAGUUCUGAAAACCUGUCCGAUAGCUACGUCCUUCCGUCCCAACCAGACUCCGUUAAACCAAACUCUGGUAGUGCUUCCGUACGAGACCCACUGGCAGGUAAGCGAGCGUGCACCGAUUUAAUCAUAAAAGUAAAACAUUUUAACCUAAAAAUACUUUCAUUGAAAAGCCUUAAAUAACAUGGUGCAGUUUGAUCAAUAGUUUCAGUUAGUGUUAAAUUAUAUUAAAAGUGUUUCAAAAUAAGGUAACAUUCAUUUUUUUUAAAGUUCUUUUAAAUUUUAAAAGAUAUCUGUACAAUUUGGUCCCACUUCUAAAUUCUCUGACUGUAUUUUAGGGUCUUGUUUAGAGGAGAUGAAGGUGCUUUAAAUAAUCUAAUAUUGCUUUUGUGUUUUUGUUUUUACCUUGUAACUGCAAAAGCGUUGUCUCACUAAUUAAUUAACCAAUCUCUCAGUUUAAAAUCUAAUUUUAAAAUUAUUCAUUUAUUUAUUUAGAAUAGAAAUCAAUUUUAAAAAUAUAUGAUUGCUUCAUAAUAAAUUUUGAGGGAAAAAUAACUUUACCAAUUCAUUCAAAUAAACAAUAUUUUCCUGAGAAUAUUUAUCAAGUGAUCACCAUGUGCAAAGCAAUCGAGAUUUUGAUGUGAUUUAUUUUGUAUCUGUUAAAAAAAUGAAGUUUUGUGCACAUCUUUUUUAACCUAUCCAAUCACUGAAUUUAUAAAGCAAUAUAAAUAAAUACAUGUAUUUGUAACAUCCAAGAUCGGAAAGCUUAUGCCGCGCAUGCGCUAUAAUCAAACAUAAAAAAAGCUUUCUUAUUUAAAAAAAAAACAACUUUCCUAUGAGAUACAGGGUAGAACUAACAAAGCCAAGACUUUCAUGCAAUAAUCAUAGCUGCAAUAUUUGUGUGAAUGCUUUUAGAAGUGUAGUUUUAAGUUAAGCCCUAUACCAUCAUUGAUCGUUUUUGUAGGCCUCUAACAUAGACUCUACGUUGGCAACUCUGUAUACAUUGUAAACGACUCUGUCAAUCGGCCAUAGUUUAUUAACCAGUGCAUGAGUCGAUGCUGUACUAUCUCACCGUGAAGAAUAGAACUGAUCGCAUGCAACUAACACUGACGCAUGGAAAGCAUCUGUCACAGCAUGUAACUAACACUGAAACGUGGAAAGCUAUGUGUCACAGCAUGCAACUAACGCUAUCGUGUGGAGCUACGUCUGUCACAGCAUGCAACUAACUCUGUCAUGUUGAGCCACGUCUGUCCAUCGAUGUUUUGAAACCACUUUCAUGAAACAUUUUAUUUCUCAGCGUCACGUGACUGCUGUCGGUUCAAAGGUCAGACUUUGUCUGGUGCUCGUGAAAGAGUUGAAGAUCAUCCCGCGUUCUCAUCUGUAAUCCUUAUUAAGACAAUCAUACCUGUGAACUGUCAGCCAAGGAAAGCAAGUUUACUUCCUCAAAGUUACCUAAGAGAAUGCAUCGCAAAGAAAGACAUGCCUUUAAUUCUUGGUGCAGCUAAAGACUCCAAACAGCCAACAUAUUAUUUGGAAACUGUUGCGAGCAAACUGAGGACCAUUCUUACUUGUUUGCGCAUGCGUGGGGACACAGAGAUGUGUCAACGAUAUGGCACCACCGCUUAUGUUGAAAAUGACGUCAAACAGAGUCCCAGUUACGCCCGCCUCUUUGAUUAUUUCAGUGCCAAAGGUUUAAGUAUAGACGUAAAUUACGCCUUUGUUGACGUAGCUAAAAUGCUGUGUAAGAUCUUGAGAGCUGAUGUGGCAGCUAAAAUAAUUGAUCAAAACAAAGGCCACAAACGUACAUCUGAUAUUGUCUUUGACGGUGACUCCAAAACUCUUUCAUCUGAUUCGAGGGCCCUAGGAAAAGGUCUCGUCACAGGAGAUCAUUUAAAUCUACAUAAGACAAUAUACAGAAUGAUGACCAGAACAUCACCAGCCAUGAAAACUUUGGUAGAUUAUCAAGAGGAGAAUGAAAUAAGCGGACUAAAUAAACCUGGUCUGUACACAAAUAUCAACUCACUCUGUCUGGAGAGUCAACAGCCAGGCCGUCGUAGAGUUUUACAUGUUGAUUAUAAAUUGAGCAGACGUGCAGUCCCCUCCAUGCCGUCGACGUCUCGGGUUGUCAGGGUAUGCUGUGAAAAGAAAACAGGUGGAGCUAUACAGAAGAUGAAACAAACUAAGACCUUUUGGCCUGUUCAUAGCUUUGUAGGUUGUGCAUGUAUGAGCGGAAACUUCAGGCUUGCCAAAAGCUGUGUGGGUUGUAAAUGUACGAACAGAAACAGAGUUAAACAACCGGAAGGACUAACACCAGUAUGCGUCAGUGAAAAUUUGAAUCAACCACAAGUUGAAACGGUUGUCCCACAGGGCGCGAGGGGACGACAUUUCUGUCACCACGGUAAGAUAGGCGUCCAGAAGCAUGGGGGAGGUCAGAGACAGACAAGACGUCAGAUGAUUGAGGAGCUUGAGAAGCAACAGAUCGACCAAAAUAUUCAACUGCUGGAAGCACAGGACUUGAAAAGGCGCGAAAGUGUUUUAUUGAGAAAAUACAGACACCAAACACAUUCCUCUGCUGGGAGCACUAAAGGAGGCGUUAAAAGAUCUUUCAGUAAACUGGGUAAAUCGUGUUUACCUACGGCAAGAGAAACUGUAACUCGAGUAAACAGUUUGGGAUUUGAGAGAGCGACCAUGUAUUCGUCUCACGUGAUCGAAAGCUACAAAAGUAUGUUCAAGUCCCAGCUUCCCAUCUCAUCCUCUGACCCCGAGUACGUGAAAUGGGUGAAGCGGCUGUCAAGGCGCUGGACGGGAACGUGCUACGAGCAGACACCUCUGGCAGAGCAGGCGUCAGACAAGUCCAGAUGAUGAACUUCCCUGGCCACCCAAGUUUCCCAGAUAUCUAUCUGCGAGAUACAAACUUUCAGAUAAUCUCUUUAAUCUCUGCCGUGAUCCGUUUCAAAUAUUCCAGCAGCGAUUGGCGAAUCCACCACGUCCUUUUUUGAAACCGUUGUGUCUAUAAAUAGCUGGACGUGAGCGCUGAAAGAGGCAUAUUUAUUUUAAUCUUAAUAUCAAAGAAGUAUCUUUAAAAUAUGUUCGUCGCAACACACAAGUUGAGAACCGUUGUACUAGACUAACUAUAGUCUAGAUUGGAAUUCUACUGAAAUUCUCUGCAGAUUGUACAUACUUGGUAACUUUCACAUUUUAUAUUUUAUUGUAUUGUCUCUUUCUAUUUUCAUUCAGAAACAAGGUCUACAAUUGUAUAAUAAUAAUGGUGUUCAUGAUAUGUGACACAACUAUCUGUGUAACACAAAUAUUGAUUUAACACAACUAUGUCUAUAACACAAAUAUUGAUGUAACACAACUAUGUCUAUAACACAAAUAUUGAUGUAACACAACUAUGUCUAUAACACAAAUAUUGAUGUAACACAAAUAUUGAUUUAACACAACUAUGUCUAUAACACAAAUAUUGAUGUAACACAACUAUGUCUAUAACACAAAUAUUGAUGUAACACAACUAUGUCUAUAACACAAAUAUUGAUGUAACACAAAUAUUGAUGUAACACACCAUUCAUGUAACACAACUAUUGAUCUUACUUUUUAUGUUAACACAUUUUCACCAUUUAUUACCUCAAUUUAUUGGCAUUGUUUGGUCAAAUUUUGCAUUUAUCAUUUCAAAAUAUCAAUCACAAUCAUUGACUUAUUAGACAUGACUUCCAAAGUCAGAAUUUUUUUUUGUUUUUUUCUUCUUGCUUUAUGGGCUUAUAUAUUAUUUAAAAAAAAUCUUUUUGGACUUCGACUGCGUCAUUAAUAAAUGUUGGUGUAAACAAAAUUGUGACAUUAAUUAAAACAAUUAAGUAGUGACGUAAACCAAACUGAAUUCAGACUAAAGGACUGGGUUAUCGUGACAUACACACAAUUUAUUGAAAUGAUAGACUCGCAAAGUAAUACUUCAAGGAAAUGAUAUAUGUAAACCAUUUUUAUUUAUUUAUAUUUUAUAUAUAAUUCAGAUGAUUUGAUGCUGUCCACAAUCGAAUUUCUUUGUAAAAAUUAGUUAAAGUAACAAGGUAAAGGUGAAUUAAAGUGUGAUUUUUAUUAUUUGGGGGGGGGGGGGGGGGGGGGGGGGGGGGGGGGUGGACGGGGUAUACAUAAAAUACAAGGAAAUUUUGAGAAUUAUAAUACAGUAAAAAGAAGUAUGUUCCAACUACGCAAGAUUCAUUAAUACCACGAUAUACCGGAAUCUUGAGUAAAUUAGAGUAAAAAUAUUCAAAAUCUGAAUAUUCUUCCUCUUCCCAAUAGAUGUGUUUUAGAAUUAUAUUUAAUUUUUUAAAAAUUUCACAACAAAAUAUUUUUCUUCUUCUGUUUUUGUGUAUCUAUUACAGAAGCGUCUUUUCUGUGACCGUGAUUUAAUUUUAAUUCUUUGACAUCAUUGAUUUGCAGUUUGCUUUGUGAUUUUCGAACAUCUAGUGUAAUAUUUGUAUGGUUUAAUUAACGUCAAAUGGCAUCAUCGAAUUUGUGUGGUCUAGCGAUGCACUAUUCCAUAUCCAGGUUAAAACAUAAUUGUAUGACUUCCUUGUUUGAUCAAAGUUCAGCACAUUUACAGUUUCAAUCAUUGAAAUUUAUGAAACUUUAGAUCUCUGGUAGAAAAUAGAAAUGGAUUGUUCGUUUAAAUCCUCCAAAUAACUUUGUACCAUGAUAUAUUUAGUCUAUCGCAACCUUCGGUCUUCGUAAGACAAUGGAGUAGCAACACGUCAUCAAAUGGCUUACUAAACCGAUCCUGGAAUGACACUCUCGCCUGCAUUUCUCGCAGGAGAGCCUUGACUCCUGCUUAAAUUUGGCCUUCUGUAUCAUUCUUUAUUUUUGAAAUGGAUUCGUUUCACACAUCUUCUUCCUUUUUUAAGUUCCAGCUGGAACGAUGAUCAGCGAUAAUCUCCCAUGCGUUGAUUUCUAGAUUGACAUCCCUCAUGCUAGAUUGACAUCCCUCAUGCUCCUUUUGCAAACGUCCUUAAAUCACAAACCGCGGCCGUCCAAUAAGCCUUGCCCCUUCUGCCAAUUCUCCAUACAGCAGAUCCUAUGGAAUACAGCCUUCCUCCAUUCUCCUUAAAUGCCUAACCAGCGAAGGCGCCUGAUGGUAAGAGAGGAGAAUAUGCUAUACAUUUUUUGCACGUUCCAAGACCUUUGUGAUUGGCACCUUGUCCUGCCAUCGAAUUUGCAAAAUGUAACACAGACAUCUUUGAUGGAAGCUGUUGAGUUUUCGCUAAUGACUGGGAUGUGUGGUCCAUACUUCCAUUUAGGAGCGUAAUAAGCACACAUAGCUGACAUACGCUUAGUUUUGUACUAUCAGUUAGUGAUAAUUCCACUCCGGCUUAUUCAAUUAAGCCAUAGUUGCUGCUGCUUUUGUGAUCCUGAGAUUCAACUCUUCGUCAACGAAGAGUGAACAAGAGAUAUUGGAUCCAAAGGUAUGUGAAAUGCUCAACUACAGACAGAUUAUGGCCCUCAACAGAUAUGUUUGAAGGGAAGGGUGCUUCUUGCAUCAUGACAUGUGUUUUUCUGUAGACUUAUCGAAAGUCCGAACUCUUUACAAGCGAGAGACGACUAACUGGCCGUUGAAGACCCCCUGUAUGGGGUGCUAAGGCGGCAUAUUGAGCUAACAGCGGUUCACGAAACUGUACCUUGUCACGGGUCAAAAGAUCGCGUCAUGUUGUUCUGGGUCUGAUUGUGAGCGAUAGUCAUGUUUUCCAUUAGUUUUCCCUUCUAAUCCCACGCAUGUUCUCAGCCAUGCAUGACUGUGGCGGUGAGUCGGAAAAAAAAAAACACGUGAGAAAAAGAUUGUGUGAAAUGAUCGUUGUUUCGAGAGAGUGACAUAUCUGUUUGGGGAAAAGGACUUCGUUCAUUUUCGCUAGGAGUUGUGUUAACUAUAUUUUGAUAUAGUAUACGUAUGAUAUCUGGAAACGUCUAUUUUAUUCUGAACACCAGAGAUUAUUUCUUCUGCAUUUUCACUGGGAUGCACAUGAAGUAAAUAAAUAAUAAGAAACAUGAAUCUUUGCAUCGUUGGUUUUGUUACUUGAGACAUUCAACACAUCAGCUCUGUAGAGGCAAGAAAGAAAGAAAGAAAGGUGUUUUGGACCCUCAAAUUUCGUUCUGUUACUAUGACGCAAGGAACCGAUUUCUCCAUGACGUACUAUUCCCCACACCUUAUUUUUAGUUUACCUUGGUCUUUGCACGAAGAUUGAAUCGCCUACCACCCGAUCUGGUGUAGUUGUCAACGCCGUCUUCACAGUCCCUGAAGGCAAACUGAAGAAGAUUCGAAAAGAAAAUGGAGAAGAGCGUUGGUGGAAAUACACGACCUUCUUUUUUAUACUCUGCUGCUUACUGGGAAUGCCACUUAAGUCCGCGCCAUCCAAUGUUACUGUGCUAUGCAUGUACUCGUGAAAUGACUGUGUUAUCGGGGGGGGGGGGGCUGGGGGGGGGCGGACACCUAUUUUAUGCAAGAUACUGAAAAGGUCACUCCGGCGUACCUCGUGGAAUGACUUGGUCAGAUCUAUGAAAUCAAUUUAAAAAGAGGCAAAUGCUGUUUACGACACUUCCCUUGCAAUUGGCGUAACGAGAAUAGCAUGUCAAUAGUCGAACGACCACUUUGGAAGCCGUACUGGGCCAUCUGGAUAGAUGCGGUGAGCCAACUUCUGCAAUCAUGGGCGACACGGGGAAACGUCUUUCCAAGUAAGCCAAGAAGAGAAAUUCCUCGGACACUAUUACAAUCAACACGGUAAACUUUAUUUUUGUACAGAGUUACGAUUUUGGCGUGUAUCGUGUCCUGGAGCAUGUGACCAGCUUCCCAACACAGACUCAAUGUGCUUAAGUAAGGGCUGAAGUAGUAUAGGUUUUCCAUUUUUGAGUAUUUCCACAGAACUGCAGUCAAUCCCUGGUGCCUUCACAUCAGCCAGGUAAUCAGUUGUUUUUUCGAGCUCCUGCAAAGUUGGCUCUUCUUCUAGUUCUUCCAUUAUCAACAAGACGGGGAUAUUAUUCAGAGCGGUCUCAGUGACUAACUUAAUUGUUGCGUAUAGUUCAAGUUAAUGAUCGUCCCUACGCCAAACGAUCACCUAAUGCCCUCUAGAUGCCUGCGUACAUACAUCCCCGUUGUCGAAAGCCAAUUGUAUACAGUGGCAAAGUUCCGACCAGUAAGUUUAGGCACACUGGCGGCAGUCUACUGAGAUUUUUUUUUCCCUUCUUAGAGGCUGUAGUGUACGAGGUCAAGGUACAACCUUGGAGGCAAGUAGGGCUCUUCUCUUUGUCUCAGUUGCGGGUCACAUCACCUUCCAAUGCGCCUCGUACCAGUAUUUUACUUUUAUGCUCCCUUUUCCCAUAGUCGGAGACGGCUGAAUCGUACACAGCACCUCAUAAAUGAGUCCCCUUGGAGACGAGAGUGUCAACGUGUGACCCUUUGGCAAAGGUAUCCUGCAACACACUUGUAAACUGUUGCAUUUUUUCUGGGUUGCUUAACAUCCAUUGAUGUAUUUAAUAUACCACUAUUAUUUAAUUUGAUAUACAUGAACCUUACUGGAAUAUAUUGUUAUAUGUAUCUUUUAUUUUUCAUUCAUAAUUUUUUUUUUACCUUUCGACAAUCAAUUUUUCAUCUUUUAUUGUUUGUAGCAAAAUCGCUUCACCUUUAUUGAUCUGAAAGCUUUGUAAUUUUUGUUUGAUAUUCGUUAAAUACCGUCUACACUGGUGGGUCUAGUGAUUGAGCAGGGGUACUGGGCACACCACAUUUACUUCAUUCAUUUUUCUGAAUACCAGGAACAUUAGAUUUAUUUAACUUUGCUUUGUCUUUUUUGUUUGUUAAUGUCAUAGCCAUCUCCUUCUGUUCAUAUAGUUAAGUGUCCAGUCAGAUUGAACAAUUUUAAAAUAAAUGUUAGAAAAAUAUUCAGGAAAUAUUUAAAAAAAAUAAUAAUAAAUAUAGCAAUCCCGAAAAUAAGUAGCUUUUCUCUGCAGAAACAGCCGGGGUUCGCUCCGACGCCAUUUUGAAUAGCAAUGAGCCCAAACCGGAUGCAGACGAUGACGGAAGACCAACUCUAGCCACUGUGGCGACUUAUAUAUCCUCUACUUACACGCCACCCAGCGGUGGUGCUGACAGACUACCAGAGCUCCAGGAAGACUUUGAGAUCAGCAGCGAAGCUUGAUCAUUUAGCUAGACGAAUCCACAAAUCACUUCUAUGGAUGAAACAUUUAUGGAUUUAAAUAUUUAUUUUUAAAACUGUAUUACAAAUUGAAGUAAGGUGUAUAAAAUAAUUUUUAAGGAAACAAGUAAUGAAAUAAGUAGAACGUAAUGAGACUAUGACGUCAAUUCUUUAUUUCUAGAAGUUGAGGGUUGAGAUGAGAAGAUCAAAAGUUCCAAGAUUCAAAAUAAAUUUCUUGUUAUUAAAAUAACAAACGGUAGAUUAAAAAAUUCAAAGAAUGUGUGUUUAAUUUCAAUGAUUAAUGCACCAGUUAUAUGUGGUGUCACUAGAUGGUGAGGUUGGUGGAUGGACAAGGGGUGUUUGGCCAAAGGGGGGUGGUUCUUUAUAUAAGCCCAAACAAGACAUGAAUAUAUCAUGGUGAAAAUGUAUUUCGGGGGGGGGGGGAAGGUGGUGGCUUUUUUUUUAAAUCUCAACAUUUACACCUCUGCAAAUAACCAUCACUACCGCCCACACGAACAAAGGUCAAAGGUAUGGAUUCAAUUAACUUUAUGUAAACACCGAACACGUGACUCAGUGUACUACUGUGCGUCAUUUGUUAAGUGGCUGACAUGUUAGCAAUGACUUAAUCCCAGUAAUCCCAGACGCCAUUCAAGCAACCAGAGAUCAAUGUAACAUUAAAGUUACGCUUAAACGUACUCUCAUUUCAUGACGGAAAGCAAACAAAUCUUAAUAAACCAACAGCUUAACCAAAUAAAAACUAUUUGAAAUUAUUUCUUAUCUUUAAAUUUAAAAAAAAAAUAAUAUAUAUUUUUUUUUUUGGAUUCGUCAUCGAAAGUCAAUCUUGUUAAUUUUUAUUGUUGAAGCGUAACACAUUUAAGACAACCUCCAAACUAGUAUUCUUUCCCGAUAGGGCGAUGGCGAUUGAACAUUGCCGAGUUGAGCAUUACUCAUGGGCCACCGGGCCAUGACCCAAAUAACAGACACACCUUUGCGACACCACUACUAUAGGAACUAUUUUUUUUAAAAACUCUGCUUUACAAAUAUUGAAAAUUAUGUAAAAUAAAAAUCUGAAUUCUUGAUUAAAUUAAAUGUAUUCUACACUAUC